GGGCGCGAGGAACCCAGGGAGGGCGCGAGGCGCGCGGGCUCGGGAGCGCGCGCGACGCCGGCAACCUCGCUCGGCCCCGGGUCACCUCCCGUGUCACCAGCUGAGGCAGCCGCUGGGGCCGGCGUCGAGGGCGUGGUGGCUCCGGGCGGUAGGGGUUUGUCCACCCCCAGGCCGCGCCCGUUGCCCCCGGGCCUCUCCCCUCGAGCGCACAGGUAUCCUAGAACUUUACCCACAGAGAAAAAAUGCUACGAGACAGCCUGAAAUCUUGGAAUGACAGCCAGUCAGACCUCUGUAGCAGCGACCAGGAGGAGGAAGAGGAGAUGGUCUUCGGUGAAAAUGAAGACGACUUAGAAGAAAUGAUGGACCUAAGCGAUCUACCCACCUCCCUUUUCGCUUGCAGUGUUCACGAAGCGGUGUUUGAGGAUCAAGAGCAGAAGGAGAGGUUCGAAGCCCUGUUCGCCCUCUAUGAUGACCAGGUCACAUUCCAGUUGUUUAAGAGCUUUCGCCGAGUGAGGAUCAACUUCAGUAAGCCGGAGGCUGCAGCGAGAGCACGGAUAGAGCUGCAUGAGACUGAGUUCCACGGCCGGAAGCUAAAGCUUUACUUCGCACAGGUGCAGGUGUCUGGGGAGACCAGGGACAAGUCUUACUUACUGCCACCACAGCCCACCAAGCAGUUCCUCAUCUCCCCUCCUGCCUCACCCCCAGUGGGGUGGAAGCAGAGUGAAGACGCAAUGCCUGUGAUCAACUAUGACCUGCUCUGUGCCGUCUCCAAGCUGGGGCCAGGGGAGAAAUACGAACUGCAUGCAGGAACCGAGUCCACCCCCAGUGUGGUGGUGCACGUCUGUGAGAGCGAAACCGAAGAGGAAGACGACAUAAAAAAUCCAAAACAGAAAAUCACGCAGACGCGACGCCCGGAAGCUCCCACGGCAGCACUGAGUGAGCAGCUGGGCUGUGCGCUGUGAGCCCCUACCGCGCCUGCGUGGCCCACUUCUCCAACCGCCUCUGCUUAGGAGCACAGCCCAGGGAUGCUACUGCAUCCAUCAGGCCGCUGGGCCAGCCUCCCUGUGCCUGAAGGAGGGGUGAAGUAGCAGAUUCAACCGGGUGUUUGAAAUUUUCACCAGUAUUCUAAAUGGCACUUUAAGUGACAAGGUUAGCCCCAACCAUGUGGCACCUGUCUCCUCCCCCAGAAAUAUUAGUUCCCUUGAACCUGUAGAGCAUUGGGUACCACAGGCCAGAACUAGAGUCACCCAGUGCACUGCCAUUUUUACAGAUUUAAGAAUUAGUCUUACAAUUUCAGUACUUUGGUGUGGGUAUUUUUGUACAGGUGUGGCAGUGUCUAACAAAUAGAUUGAGCAAAGGCCGGAUGCUAUUAUUCAGUAGACAUGACCUUUCUUUGCACGAGAAGAAACUUGAGAUACAAAAUCAUUUGUAGAAAUCAUUUCUCUCAAGUAUUUUUUCACUAGCUUUAGGAAUGAAAGGCCAAAUGACUGAGAUUGUCAGAUCCAGAUGGCAUGGGCAGAUGUGCUCUUGGCUCUUCUAGCUGUCCUGGCUCUCCUGGCUGUCCGUCUUACUUGCCAGUCAGUGACCGUGGUAUAUAGAACUCUGCUCCCAGCACUACCCUUCCCAGCCUCGGCUCUGCGGGGGAACCCAGCCUUUGCCAGCGGGACAUGUCAUCAGGAAGCUUGGCUGAUGACCCUGGAGUUGCAGCCUGUGCAAUGGCUCUUCAGUUACUCUCUCGACCCUCCUCAUGCUGGCCUGCUACUGCCUGAGGUUUCUACACUGUGUGUGUAAUCAUGGAUGUUAGUUGGUCUUAACUUUAGAAGCUAAUGAUAAGACUGUGACGACUGCUUUAAAUUGGAGGCACUGAUUCAUUUUUGCUUUCUUCAAAGACAGGGUUUCACUUUGUAGCUCCUGGGCCUGAUCCUCCUGCCUCAGCUUCCCAGGUGCUGGAAUUACAGGGUGAGCAGCGUGCACUUCAAAGUUUUCCAUUCGAAUAGUUCAGCUCUUUGCAGAGAAAAAUCGCUGUACUUUCCCCCUAUGGAUCAGGGGGAGGAAUCAUUCUUUAGGGGGUUUGUUUGUUUGUUUGGGUUGUUUUGUUUUGAGAUAAGGUUUCACAUUGUAUCUCAGGCUAGCCUGCAGCUCAUUAUGUAGCCCAUGCUAGCCUUGAGCCCCAGACCUCCUGGGUGUUCGGAUUGCAGGCAUGAGCGUGUAGUUCAAGCUUCCCUUUUUAACGACCAUUUCCGUCUUGGCUUGCAGUUGAUGUUCAGAUAGAAUUGCUUCUUACACUUGAAGAGGUGUUGUUUGGGGCCCCAUAGGUCCCUCAGCAUCACUGGUGUGCUGGGCUGCAGUCCCUUGCAGAAGGCUGUCCUCGGAGUGGUACGCACGCACACGCACAUGUACACACACGCACACACACGUUUUCAGUCUUAUUAAAACAGGGUCUCAUGUAGUCCAGGUUGACCUCAAACUUUCUGCGUCUCAAGGAUGACCUUGAACUCCUGCCCCUCCUGCUGGUCUCCUAAGUGCUAACAGUGCAGGUGUGUGCCGCCAUACCUACAGCAACAGAAGAGGUGUCCCUUGCCUUCAGAAACUGUCAAAUGCUGAACACAUUUGCCGCUGGGAAGCCUCGGUAGAGAUUCAGUUGAAGAUUACGACUCCAUCCACACUGGGUUUUGGAUCCAAGUCAUCUGCCUGAUAAAGUAAUUACUCACGUUUUGUUUUGAGGUGACGUCUCACAGUGUCGCCCAGGUUGAUCUCAAACUCCAGGCCUCAGUGAGUCUUCCCAAUUGACUGGAUCCAGGCACAGGUCCCUGUGAUCCUGGAACUUUGGAGGCCAAGGCAGUAGAUGAGGAAUUCCAGGUCAUCCUUGACUACACAGUGCUCUGCAUUGCUCAGCUCAGCAGUUUGCUUCUUUGGAUUGUAGGAUAGACCCUAGCUGCCAGUGCUCAACAGUUGGGGAGUUUUGUGUUCCCCAUUAAACGGUAAACGGUCUAAUUUUCUAAGUGAUCAUAACCCAGUUUUUAAAUUCAUCUUGGCCUCCAGUUUCUACCUACCACUCAAAGAACAUCUAUUGCUUUUUUUUUUAAGUCACAAAGUUCAAAUCUGCAUACAUAAUGUUUCCUUGGUCACAGGCAGUUGUGUUAGCACCUUAAGUGGGGUUCCCUGGAUAUUCGCAUUCAUGCAGUUAGAAUGUAGAUAGUCAUUAAGUACGGGCGACCCAGGCUCAAAGAAUACAUGGAGUUAAAGGUUCACUGUGGGACAUCCCUCUCCCUUGGCUUAGAAAAUCAAGUUCUAGUCAAGGCUAGUGAUGGGCCUGGGCUUUAUAUUUUUAUGUAAACUAUUUUUAGACUCGAUUUAGUUUUAAGAGGAAAGCUUUGAGCAUCACUAAACUCUAGGAGUGUACCAGAUUCUUUGAUGCUUUGGGCUCACGCCUGCUUGCUUGCCUUCUUUUCUCUUCUCAGACCUCAUCUAGUAGGUGAGCUUGGUCACCUCCCACCUCCCUCUGUGUUCCCUGAUACUUCUGUCUUAAAGGAAACAGUGUCUGGUGUGGUGGCACUGGCCUAUAAUCUCAGCCUGCAGGAGGCUGAGGCAGGGGGAUUGAGAGAAUGAAGCUAGGCUGGGAUACAUGAGUUAAACCCUUACAGAAUAAGAUAUUUUCCUUUUCUGUGUGUGACAGUACAGAGGAACAGAAGUCCCGGGGAAAUAUUUAUGUCUAGCCUAGAAGUCUGUGUUCUAGAGAUUCGUUCUACAGAAAACUAAGUACAUGGAAAGAAUAAGAUGUGUGAGCCUUGAGCAACCACAUGACACAUGACUAUUGGUGUUUCCAACUCCCUUGGCUGUGUUCUCCAGAGCCAUCCUCCUCCUCCUCAGAGUGCCACUGUUUUCCUCUGUCUUGAGCAGAGCACAGUUCAUAGUCAGGAUUAACAAAUGCAUUCAGCGUAGUGACAUAUCCCGUCAUCUCAAUGCUUGGGAGGCAGAGGUAUGAGGACUUUGCAAGUUUAAGGCCAGCCUGGGCCGUGUACCAAGCCUCUGUGUCAUCAACAAGGGGGUUACUGGGUAUACAGGUAGCCCAUUGACAGAUAACAGUGACAGUUGCAUCUCUGGCCACAGCUGGGAGCAUGCCAUAUUCCCUGUGGUUUCUAGUCAAGUCUAGAAGUGUUCUCAGAUAAGGUCAUUGUGCAGACACCUACUAACUCAGACUCAUACUUUCUCUUAGAAGCCUGCAGUUCUUGAAGUGGGUCCUGAGCCCCUUGCAGGUCCCCCGUGGCCUGGACUGCAUGUGCAUUCUUGACAUAAGGAGGAUUUCUUUUCUAUCUAUGCAGAUAACUGUGGUUUUCUGUACUGUUCCUUGCUGGUAUCCACUCUUCCUAAGUCAGAUUGAGAACUGAGGAGGGACAGUAGGUGUCAUUCCCGCGCCGUGCUGUGCUCUCUCCUGUCAGCCCCUGAGUAUUUAUUCACGUCUCUUGUGUCUUUGACGUGUGAGAAAGUGUUCGCAGCCAUUGCACAUUGAUCUUCAUAACAACCUGCAGCUGGAUUUAGUCUCAAGUCAGACAUGUCUGUAGUCCCCCUGGUCCUGUGCACUGUAGUAAAUCCUCACUGCACUGGUGGAAACUGGUCAAUGAGCUUCGCCGUGUGUCUGUGAUUUCAGUAUGCUUGACGUGAUGGGCCGUCAUUCAUUGUCACCUUCUACCGUCCUGUGUCCUAAGGAUCUCUAACAUUCCUCGUCCUGUAAGGAGGUGACAAAGGCAGACUGUAACUUGGAGGACACUUGUGAUUACCUGUAACAAGUUUUGAUGUUGAACUAAUAAAAAGCUGUUGUUUUUUUAAGUCA